GGGAAAAGGGAAAGAUUCAACCGUCUCCUAGGGGCGGGAGCAAGGGCCUCUUCCCUGGGCUCCAGCGAGGAGCCUGGCAGAGGGGCCGGCGCGGAAGAAGGGAACUGGGGCAGCAGGCGGCGAGGCUGAUUCCCCCGGCGGGACUGAGCGGGGGUCAGGGCCGGGGCUCUGGGCAGCAGCUCCGAUUGCGGCGGCAGGCAGGGCCCGGGCGGGGGCGCUGCCGCUGCGGCGGAGGCCUAGCGCUCGCCCAGUCUCCGCUAGGGAGGGCCCCAUAGCUGGGAACCGAGCCAUGUCCAAGCGGGACUGAGGUGCAGCGAGUCCCGCGGGCCCCUCCGCGUGCACCAUGGGCCCCAGCGCCUAGGCCGCCGGCGGAGAGAGGAGCGGCCGGGGGAGAGCCGGGUCCCUCCCCGGGAAGAUGAGGCGGAGGCCUGGGGAACUGAGCAGGCUGAGCUGGGGCUCCUUCCUCUCAGCCGCCAGGACAAGAUGGCAGCGUCCGAGGCGCCGGCGGCAGCCGCAGGAGCAGCAGCCGCAAAGAGCUAAGCCCGGCCUGGGAGGCGCCUCCCCGUGACUCUCCCGGACAUGCCCAGGGCGGCGGUAGCUCGGACACUCGCGCUGCCCAACCUGUGAAGAAUAAAGUAGGCUUGCAUAGGACAUGCUGUGUGGUUUUACCUGCAUAACUAGCAAUUACACCUGUUAACCGCCUCUGAAGAGAAAGAAAGGAGUGUCCUAAGGCAACCAGUCUGUGCUGAGAAAUACACAGUGAAAGCAGGGAACUGUGCAGCACAGAAAUAACCCUGUCAGACAGGGGAGAGAUGCAUGUCUACACCCAAGAGAGGCAACAACUGAGGACCUGGAAGCCUUGUUUGGCCACCGAGGUAUGGCCUCACAAGUCUUGGUCUAUCCACCAUAUGUUUAUCAAACCCAGUCAAGUGCCUUUUGUAGUGUGAAGAAACUCAAAGUAGAGCCAAGCAGUUGUGUGUACCACGAAAGAAUCUACCCACGGAUCUAUGUGAAUGGUAAAAACUUUGGAAUUGCUCAUUCUCCCAACAGGGUUAGUACUUAUUUUCAGACUAAGAACCCAUUUGACAGACCUCGAGGACAGAACUUUUUGUUGCAGACAAGUGCUGUUGCUUUAAAAAAUACUGGAGGUGCUACAAAUGUAUUAGCAGCGCAGGCGCAACAACCUCAAGUUGAGGCACCUCAGACAGGUACACAGGGAACCAGGUUAGAUUUACUGGAUGGAUCCCAGCGAUGUGGAUUGAAACGUAAGAGUGAAGAGUUGAAUAAUCAAAGUAGCGCAAUGCAGAUCGUUGAUGAACUGUCUAUAUUACCUGCAAUGUUGCAAGCAAAUAUGGGAAACCCAGUGACGGUUGUGACAACUACUGCAACUUCAAAACAGAGUGGUACCGGUGGAGAUGGAGAUUAUCAGUUAGUACAGCAUGAGGUGUUGUGCUCUGUGAAAAAUACUUAUGAGGUCCUGGAUUUCCUUGGGCGAGGGACCUUUGGACAAGUAGUAAAAUGUUGGACAAGAGGAACAAAUGAGAUUGUUGCAAUCAAAAUUUUGAAGAAUCAUCCUUCUUAUGCACGCCAAGGACAAAUAGAAGUGAGCAUAUUAGCAAGACUAAGUACUGAAAAUGCAGAUGAGUUUAAUUUUGUGAGAGCUUAUGAAUGCUUUCAGCAUCGUAACCAUACUUGCUUGGUGUUUGAGAUGUUGGAACAGAAUUUAUAUGACUUUCUGAAGCAAAACAAAUUCAGCCCUCUACAACUAAAAGUAAUACGGCCUAUUCUGCAACAGGUGGCCACUGCACUGAAAAAACUAAAAAGUCUUGGUUUAAUCCAUGCUGACCUCAAACCGGAGAACAUUAUGUUGGUGGAUCCUGUCCGGCAGCCAUACCGGGUUAAAGUAAUAGACUUUGGGUCUGCCAGCCACGUGUCAAAGACUGUUUGUUCAACCUACUUACAGUCUCGGUAUUACAGAGCACCAGAGAUUAUACUGGGGUUGCCGUUUUGUGAAGCCAUAGACAUGUGGUCGCUGGGGUGUGUGAUUGCAGAGCUGUUCCUUGGGUGGCCGCUGUAUCCAGGAGCACUGGAAUAUGACCAGAUUCGUUACAUUUCACAGACUCAAGGUUUGCCAGGAGAGCAGUUGUUGAACAUGGGAACGAAAACUGCAAGAUUUUUCUGUAGAGAAACAGAUGCACCAUAUUCUGGUUGGAGGUUAAAGACACUGGAAGAGCAUGAGACAGAGACAGGGAUGAAGUCUAAAGAGGCCAGAAAGUAUAUUUUCAACAGUUUGGAUGAUAUAGUGCAUGUGAACAUGGUGAUGGAUUUGGAAGGAAGUGACCUAUUGGCAGAGAAGGCAGAUAGAAGAGAAUUUGUCAGUCUGUUGAAGAAAAUGUUGCUGAUCGAUGCUGAUUUAAGAAUUACUCCAGUUGAGACACUGAACCAUCCCUUUGUUACCAUGAAGCAUCUCCUAGAUUUUCCACAUAGCAACCAAGUGAAAUCUUGUUUCCAUAUCAUGGAUGUCUGCAAAUACAGAUCUAAUUCAUAUGACAUAAGUAAUUGCAAUAAAACACCACUUAUGAGACCAGUUGCCUCAGGCAGUACUGCUAAUCUGACUGCAAACUUCACCAAAAUUGGCACAGUGAGGAGUCAGGCAUUAACUACAUCUGCCCAUUCAGUUUUACAUCAUGGAAUACCACUGCAGGCAGGAACUGCUCAGUUUGGUUGCAAUGAUGCUUUUCAACAGGCACUGAUUAUAUGCCCCCCGCCUAUCCAAGUUUUUUCUCCUUACAGCAGUUUAGGAGCUCAUUCACUCAUUUUACCUGUGGGAUUCCAGGGCAGAUGUUGUCUUCUUAAAACUAGAGAUCCUAGCACCAGGCCAAAAGGAAUUCCUACAAACCACAGUAAGCCUACUGGUUACACAUUAAGGGUAGAUAAUACAGUUCCAUUGGUGACGCAGGCCCCUACCUUACAGCCACUACAGAUACAAGCAGGAGUCCUGUCUCAGCCAUGGUCUAAUCGAACUCAGCAAAUAUUGAUUCCUGCUUGGCAACAAAUAACACCUGUGGCUCCUUCUACUACAACUCUAGCUUCUGAUCCAGUGGCUGGUCCACAAAGAUUUGGAGACUGGGGGAAAGUGAUUCCUCAUGGCAGCCAUUACAAUUCAGUGAUGCCUCAGCCACUCUUAAAUCAAAUAACUUUGUCUGCCACGCAGCCAAUUAGUGUGGGCAUUGCACAUGUUGUCUGGCCACAGCCUGCAGCUACCAAGAGAAAUAAACUGUGCCAGAACAGGAGUAAUGUGUUACAAAAUACCAAUAUCCAAAAUUCAGCAUUUAUAUCUCCAAAGAUAAUUAAUAUGAAGGCUGUCAAGAGAGUAAGUUGUAUAGAAGCACAGGACAAUCAUAACUCAGAAGGACAGGAGAGGAACUGUUGCAAAACAUCUGUCAGGCAGGACCCUGAUUCAUCUGUUUCAAACAAACAGCGCCAGGCUAUCAUCAUUGCAGAUUCUCCAAGUCCAGCAGUCAGUGUGAUCACCAUCAGUAGUGACACAGAUGAAGAUGAUACAGGACAAAGACAUUCACUAAGAGAAUGUAAAGGUAGCCUAGAUUGUGAAGCCUGCCAGAGCACUAUGAAUAUUGACCGUGUAUGUUCGUUAAGCAGCCCUGACAGCACUUUGAGCACCAGCUCCUCUAGCCAGUCUAGUCCAUCCCCUUGCAAGAGACACAACAGUAUGUCAGAUGAUGAACAAGAGAGUGGCUGUGAUACUGUGGAUGGUUCCCCGACCUCAGACUCUUCAGGACAUGACAGUCCAUUUGUAGAAAGCAGUUUUGUAGACAACACCAAUCAAAAUACAGAAACCAGAAACUCAGUUAACCCAGAAUCCAAACCUUCUGUCUGCGCUGUUGCGGUGCCACGAAUAAGAAUAGAAAACAGAUUAAAUUUAGAUGAGCAGAUGGUGAAUACAGAUAACACAUGCCAGCCGCUGAUAAAAGGCCGAUCUAUCCCUGGAAGAAUAAACCAGCCUCCUGCUAUGAGUAACCGUCAGCAAAAAUUGACAUCAGCAUUCCAUCAGCAACCUAUAAAUUUCAGUCAGGUUCAGCACUUUGGAUCUGGGCCUCAGGAGUGGAAUGGAAACUACAGUCAUCGAAGACAGCAGACAUACAUUCCAGCUGGUGUUGCCAGUCAUCCGUUCUCCCUUCCACAUGGAAGUCCAAAUCACAGUACGGUGCAUGCACAUUUAGCUGGAAGUACACACCUUGGAGGACAGCCUGCUAUUCUUCCAUAUCCAUCAUCUGCACCCCUUAGUACUGCGGCACCUGUAGCCCACCUCCUAGCCUCAUCAUGUACCUCAAGACCUAUAUUGCAGCAUCCAACCUACAAUAUAUCUCAUCCCAGUGGCAUAGUUCACCAAGUCCCAGUGGGCAUAAAUCCCCGUCUUUUACCUUCCCCAACCAUUCAUCAGACUCAGUACAAACCUAUUUUCCCACCACAUUCUUACAUUGCAGCAUCACCUGCUUACACAGGAUUUCCUCUGAGUCCAACAAAACUCAGCCAGUAUCCAUUUAUGUGAGAACUUGAGUACAGUAGAGGAAGCUCAAUGAUAAAUGCUUGAUUUAAGAAGAAACAUGGUAUUUAAUAAAAAUUAGCCAUGGCACAACAAGAGAAUUAUUUUUUGAAUCAUGUAGACUUGGGUGCAAUUUAAACAACCUUGAGCUUUAAAUAACAAAACAAAACUCACUUUUAAUGUGUUUUGCACAUUUGGUAUAACUUGUAUCUUUGGUCAUAUUAUCUUCUUAUAUAGUAACUCCAGACAGGUGACUUACUGGAGCAGAAUUCCAGUUUUGCUCCUUCUAUUUUUUAUAAAAUUGCCUUCUAACUAGUGCAAGACACGUCUACAUUUGGGAAGCCAUUCAGUGUACAGAUUUAGAGCAACAGAUGCACAUAUGUCAGCAGUACAGUGUACAAGUAAAAUGUUUGUAUUGUGUAUCUUGGUGUUUAAAUGUUGAGUCACUUAUCUAAAAAGUUGAGCUGUUCUUCACAUUGCAUGUGUCUUUUGCAUGGGCAAAAAAGAGUUGCCUAGACAUUGCUCUAAAAUGUUGUUGUCCUAAUAAUCUCAGCUGCAUUGUAAACCGUUCCCACACAUAGUGCCUUAAAUAUUUGAGGUUGUUAAUGUUAUUACUUAUAUAUACAUGUUGAGGACUGCAGCACUUAAAAUUCAGAUCUUCUGAUUUUUUGAUAGAGUAAUGCUCAUUUGGGGUUUUGUGUGGUAUGAUUUUAGUAUUGGGUGUUU